UCUCUGAGUUGUUGAAAAUCAUUGUGACAAGGGAGACAACUAAGACCAGCAACAGAUUUUGACAUUUAGAUUUACAAAGUACAAAUAUCUUCUCUUUGCAAUGCCACAUAUAAUCAUCAGUACACAAAUACGGCUGGAAAGUGGUCCAACAUUUGUUGGUGAUGAAUGGAGUGAACCUAAGUUGAUGGAAUAUCUUGGUGCUACCAAAAUGAAAGCUCUCGGAAAUAAUUUCACAGAGUGGCGAAGUGAAGAUUGUGCCAGGGUAGUGCUUAACAAACUAGAAAAGAAAGGUUACAAGGUAGUGUCUAUGACUGGGGUUGGACAGACAUGUAUAUGGACUUUAAACAAACCUGAGGAGAGUACAAGUUAACACACAUGUAUAUCUAGUUUUAAAGAAAAGAUGUGUGAGAUUGAAUAGACAUUUGAUAUUGGGUUAUAUAUACAUGUAAAUGUGAAUGUUAUGAUAUUAUGAUAUAAUUUUACGGAAUGUAUGCAACAUAAAAUGAUACUGUAAAUUCAGAAAUUAUGGCUUGAAUUUAUUUUGGGGAUUUUAUAACUUUAGACUAAAAUGCAAUUCUAAUUUUUGUGAUAUUGAGAAAAUUCUGUUUAAUUCAUAUGAGAUAUUUCUUAAUGCGAAUUUGAAUUAUUGCUAUUAUAACCCUGUCACUCUUUUGGUAAUAAUAAAAACAUCGCAAUAAUUUUUGAAUUUAAAGUAUGAUGUGAUUUUAAAUUGGCUCUAUGUUGUUACACUGGUGUAUCAUCUGUCAAGAAAUUGAUUGACAAAACCAUGAAUUCAAAUAUCCACAAAAAUGCAAUUUUUUUCAUCGAUCCACAAAAUUUGAUACCCAUGAAAAUAAAUGAAUCCACAGUAAUGGACCAGUGUGAUCUGAUGAAUGUAUCAGAAAUAAAAGUUCAUAGUAUUUCUAUGUAAACUUUAACCAUUUGCUGUGAUUAAAAUGAAAUUGUGAGGGAAUGCAUAGAAAUUGUAUGUUGUGAUUUCCCCUGAUAUUUAUAAAGAUUAUUACAUAAAUCCAUUUACUGUUGAUAUUUGCUACCAGUAUACAAUUUUAUGACACACACAUGUAUAAGGGUAUUCUAUAUUUCCAUUAUAUGACAGGGGUAUAUAAUUCUAUCGUUCCUAAAUCUAACAUCUGUACUUGCUGUUUAUUUAUUAUGUCAGACCCUGUCAUCAUUCAAUUGUAGUUUUCUCAUAAGUGAAUCAGUAUCUGUAGCCUUACAUUAGGAAAAAGCAUUUGUUAUAUGCUUUAGUGUGGGGACACUUUUUUUGAAAAUCAUUCCAGUAGAGAAUUUUAUUAUUUUUCAAUUUUGUAUGCUAGAUUUAUUGAAUAAUUGAAAAUUUGAGAGCUUAUAAAAAUGAUUCAAACAAACGAUAUUUCAUUUAGUACUCAAGCAGGUUUAUAUCUGGUUUAAUAUGGGUCUAAUUUUUACAUAAAUUACAAUAUUUUAUAAAUUAUGCUGUAUUUACAACAAGUUGUGUUUUUGUAUGAAAUAUUAGGGUAUGCUUUUUUUAUAUGUUAUUUAUGUUAUUAUUAUAAUAUAAUUAAAAGUAAAUAUGGUUUAACCUCAAUAAAAUAAAAAACAAAAACACAAAUGGAGACUCAAAAUUAAUUGCUCUAAAAGCAUCACAGAGGAGAGAAAAAAAUGUGUUAUUUUACUAGCUUAAAAAGUACUGGAAUGUUUUAUACAAUUUUUAACCAGGCUUCUCAUCAGUUAUGCUCAAUCAAAAUAGUUGGUAGACUAAGAAAAUCUGUGCCUUUAGGAAGAAAUACUUAAUGUUUUGAAUAAUGCAAACCUUAUUUAAACAGUUAAUUUAUACCUCUAGUCAAAACACAAUAGAAACCUAAAUGUCAAUGAAUAAGUUUAUAACAGAUAUCCAACUACAAACAGUUCAUAUUAUUAAUACAAAAAAGGAAAAACAGUGAUUAUUUUUUUCUUUCAUUCUUCAUUGUGUUAUCAGUGGAACCAAGACUAGUUCUAGGGAUUAAAUUUUAUGUGUUUGGAUCAUACAAGCUAUACCCAAAGUGACCAUACACGAAUUCAAAUAUCAUCUUAAAUUUCCAGUUUAUAUGUAAGCUUUGUUUCAUGUAUUAACUUCUUAUCCUAAACACCUUAUUAAACAUAUU